AUGGACAGUCGAGACACCCAGCUUGUUUGCUCUUUGCUGCUGUGUAUCAUCACUCAGGUGUGGUGCCAGCUGUGCACUGGGCCGUGUCAGUGCCCACCCAUCUUGCCACGCUGUCCUGCCGGCGUUCCUCUGAUGUCAGACAGCUGUGGGUGCUGCCAGGUGUGUGCCAGGCAGGAGGGCGAGGCCUGCACCGAGCAGCUGCCCUGUGAUGACCACCGAGGGCUGCAGUGUGACUACAGCGCCAGCUUCCCAGGAGGGCCGGGCCAGUGCGUUGGUCGUAAUGAGCUGGGCUGUGAGAUGAAUGGCAGGAAGCUGGAGGAGGGACAGGUAUUCCAACCCUCCUGUGCCCAGCUUUGCUACUGCCUGGGGGGAGGGGUGACCUGUGUGCCACUGUGCAGCGAUGAUCUGCAGAGGCCUGCUGAUAAGUGCCCCCACUCUCAGCUGGUGCGACUGCCAGGGCGCUGCUGCAAAGAGUGGGUGUGUGACGGCGUGGACAACAACAUUCCCUUAAAUCCAUCAGCAGCUGAGCAGGCGCGUCAGGACUACGGUGGUGGGCUGUCAGGCCCGCCGUUUGGCUCUAUUGCCAACUGUAUCGAGUGGACCUCAGACUGGAGCCCCUGCUCCCACAGCUGUGGCCCAGGUGUCUCCACCCGCACCACAAACAGGAACUGGGCUUGUCGCCUGCAGACUGAGACCAGACUGUGCCAGGUCAGGCCGUGCCAGACUCUGCUGCCGGGGCUCCGAAGGCCGCAGCCGAGUUCAGGGGUGUGCGAGAGCAGCUACAGUUCACCUCUGUCCAUUCAGUUUGAACACCAGGGCUGCUGGAGCACCAGAGCCGUCCGUCCCAGGUUUUGUUCCUUGACCUGUCCGGAGGGACGCUGCUGCAGCCCAUCCCACACCAGGACAGUGCGGUUGGUUUUCCGCUGCCCCCAAGGCAGGCUCACCCAGCAUCAGGUGAUGAUGAUCGAGUCCUGCUCCUGCAGCAUCUCCACCUGCCGUCAGUCCCCAGCCACAGCUGCCCGGAGUGUCCUGUGGUUGUGAGGUGCAUGUGCAUCCAGCUACAAGGAAGAUGGGCAGUUCAUGUCUGUGAAACUAGAGGCUAAAAAUGACCCAAAAUACACACGCGACAAUGUGGUUUUCAAGGAAGUUAAAGUAGUGUUUCAAAAUUAUGGAAAUAUUUAAAUCAGGAUGUGAAACUAGACAUUAUACAAUAGCUGUGAGAGAAAUGCAUCCAGAUGUACAAAUUCACAGAUUUGUAAAUGAGCACUUGCAUUUGAAAGUUUGUAUUAAAAUGUAAAUUGUAAUCUGUAUCCAGGUUUAAAACCAAAAAGGUUUCCUCAUUCACAUUUUACCCCAUAUUAUUUAAUAGCUAUGAUCCUACAACUUCACAUAUCACAAGGUGUUACCAUUUAAAUCCUGUCCACUCUUUGACAAACUCAGAUUGGAUCUAAAUGACUGGUUCUCAAACAAUGGUAUGUGUAUCACUUGUGGUACACAAACUGCCUCUAGGGGUAUGCGGAGGAAUAUCUGAACAAUUCUUUUUAAAUGUACUAAAUCAACAAAAAAAACAAAAAAAAACAUACUAACAUAUACAAUACGACAAAAUUUCAAAUCAAAACACUUGAACUAUGAGAUCACUGAAAUGUAAUUUAAAGUAAGUUUUGCAUUUUGUGUAAUAUUUUGUUUCAACAUCAGCCUGCUUGCUCAACUGUUAUUGGAGCACAGAGCAAAAAGGGGCAGGAAGGGUUAAUUGUUUGCUUGUUAGCCACCUUCUAAGGUGAUAAUAUGUCAGUGGUGUGUUCCUCCUGUGUUCCAGAUUUGUAAAUAACACAUAAUUACACAGGGAAAAUGUACAGAUUGUAAGAUUUCAUUUCAUGAUGGCAACCCUAAGUCUGCACAUUAAAGCUGCAGUACUUAACUUUUAUAGAAAUUACUUUUUGUCAUAUUCACUGAAACUUAUAUCCUGACAGUAGAACAUGAGACAGAUAAUCUGUGAAACAAUCAGGUUCCUCUGGCUCCUCCUCUAAAAGUUACCUCCUGCAGCUUUAAAGGGAUGAUGCUACAUCUAGAGAGAUUGAUGUAGUGAUAGAGUGCAUGCAAUUUGCAGAUGCUCCACACUGAUGUAAGAAGAGCGAUGGUAGAGGUAAAUUAAACUGGAAACACUUAAUUUAAAUGAUACAAACUGACAUAUGUAGGUGCACUUUUCAAAUACUGCUGUAUUCAUUUGCAUUUACAAUGUAUUUAUUUCUAAAUUAAUGUUUAAUAAAACUUUUAAUGCCCUUUCCCAGCAGAAUGGCAUUUUAUUAUUGUUACCUCGGUCUAACAAGUUAUUAUGUAAUCAGUGUUUGACAAGAGGGAAGGUGUGUGUGAGUGAUGUCAACAUGCAGGGCCCAAUACUAAGCAAGUCACUUUUGACCUAGUUAGUAAUUCCAUGUUACAGUGUAAUAGUUGUACUUUAAGCCGUCUGUACAGCCA